AUGGGAACCUUAAGGUCAUCCCAGCUCGAGGUUCUAGUACAAGGUCAUUGGUAUUGGGUGGCCGCUUCGUUGGAUGAAACAAGUUUGACCCUGAGGACACUAGAUCCUGAAUCAGAUCCCAAUACUUCCAACAGACCUGCUCCUGGGGCCGAAAACGAACCCCGGUUUGUGAGGAUUCAGAAGACCGAUGGCAAUGGAUUGGGAAUCAGUAUUACAGGAGGGGCCGAGAAUGGACGACCGAUCGUUAUCAGGCAAGGAUUGCAUUUAAAGUAGAACAUGUUCUAACGACCACUCGAAAAAACCUCUCCAUCAAUUUAUUUUUAGUAAGAUAUUCCCGGGAAUGGCAGCCGACUUGACUGGACAAUUAUUUGUGGGCGACGCAAUCUUAUCAGUGAACGGCGAGUCUCUCGUUAAUUCUAAACAUGACGAAGCAGCCAGAGCUCUAAAAAGAGCUGGAAAAAUUGUAGAUUUGCAAGGUAAAAUAAGAAUAAGAGAUACGAUUACCCUAAUUGCAGUCAAAUAUGCCAAAGAUACAUACCACCCAGAAAACUUCCUAGAUAUCAUAGAAUGGGAGAAUGACCUCACAAUGCAACGACCUCAAAUCAGAAGAUUCAACCUCAAACUAUCAUUUGUCACACGGUAAAUUUGCAACUCUCAUACUCAAAAAGACUUUUAGAACCAGUUUGGAUCGAGAAGAUAUUGAGAACAGAACAUUUGAAAUCCGCUCUCACAGCGCAAGACACGUUCUGACUCUCAGAUGUAUGAACGCUAUGGAAGCAGACUCCUGGUUCGAGAGUGUUCAUGUCUGUGUAGAUGCUCUUCUUACUCAAUCACUGGCUCAAGUCAACCUCAUUCUAGGACAGAAUCCCCAAGUCAGGAAAAUGGGAUGGUUGGCCGAGCAGGUACAACUCCAUAAAAAAUAUUUUAAAAUAAAUUUAGACAGUACAAGAUGGGAUUCUAGUCUGGAAACCUGUCUUUGCCGCUCUCACCUUGAACGACCUCCUUCUCUACGACUCAGUCCCAGCCAUAAAGCAGGAAUGGGCUACUCCCACUACCACAAGACCAUUGAUUGCGACUCGAGUUGUACAAACUACAGCCAGAACAUAUCCAGUCAUCAGCGGACUGUCUGAUGUCAUCAGUUUUACAAUCCGAACAGGGACCCAAGACGGAAUUCGAUCUAAUCUUCUUCGGGUUGAAACCCAUAGAGAACUCUCAGCGUGGGUCAAAUCCAUUAUCCACUGCACUUAUGAGGCUUGUUCUGACACUGCACAAGUAACAGCUCGUAAGUUUACCCACAAAAUAUAUUUUUUAAAUUCAGCAUGCGUAUGGCAAGAUCAAGAGUGUCAACUGAUAAUUGACCUUGAUAAAGGAAUCUAUCUCAACAACCGCAUAGGAAACGAACUUCUUUGGCAGCAUCCAUUCGAAUCCAUCAGAGCGACCGGGGACGAUGGCCGCCAAUUCCUAUGGAUAGACUUCGGUCCGCCUAAUGGAGAACAAGAAUUAGACCUACUGGGUUCGCCUAAGGCCGUUGUCUUCAUCCUCCACUCAUUCCUCGCUACCAAAGUAUAUCAACUCGGACUUUACGCAUAA